UUGAAGUGCAUGCUUCCAGAGUUAAGAAGACACUAGUAGAAGAAGAGUAGGACACACAUUUUCUCCUAAACUCUCCACCACUUCAUCAUCCAUGGCUAGAGGAAAUUCCACUCUCCCCAUCUGUUUCUUCAAGAUUAUCCUCCAAACUAAUCUUCAAACAAUUAAAAUACCGAAUAAGUUUACAAGGAGUCAUGGUGUUGGUCUACCUAACCCAAUGUUCAUCAAGCCUCCUGAUGGCACAAAAUGGAAAGUGUUUUGGAAAAACAUUAAUGGGGAGAUUUGGUUUCAAAAAGGUUGGAAAAUAUUUACUCAAAAUUACUCUCUACAACAUGGUUGUUUGGUAGUGUUUAAAUAUAAAGAAGGAAGUUCAGAGUUAGAUGUAAUCAUACUUGGCCAGCAUGCAGUAGAAAUUGACUAUGAUUCAUCACGUGACACUUCUAAUGAUGAAGAUGAAAACCUUGACCAUAGGGACGAUGAACCAGUUGAGACUUUGAAUGUUGAUGAUAGUGAUGAUGAAUCAAUUGAAAUUCUGAAUGAAUGGCAUAAGGAGAAGAAGCCUAGACAGAAGUCACCAUUAGCUUCUCCUAGGCCACAUAAAAAAGUGAGAGGUGAUAUUGAGAAGAAUAGUCAAAGAAGUACAUCAUUGAACAAGCCAAAGGAAUAUAGAGCUCGGGAAGUUGCUGAAGAAUUUAUCUCAAACAAUCCUUUUUUCAUAAUUUCGAUCAAGCCUGCUAAUCUGGUAGCAAAUGUGCUGAUUGUACCAAAUUUAAAAGGGGCUAUUGAGAACGAGAAUACGAAUGUGAUGGUGCAGAUUGGUGAAAGAUCAUGGAAUCUGAAAUUGCUCCGUUCUUACAGUGAUAGAGAUAAGCGUCGCUUUUCGGCUGGUUGGUCAAUGUUUGCAAAGGAAAGUGGACUGCAACCGGGAGAUGUGUGCGUGUUUGAACUGAUGAACAAGGAAGAUUUAGUUUUUAAAGUUCAUGUUUUUAAAAGGACUGUUAAUGUGUCUUUAUCUGUUUAA